UGAUCAAGCAGAUGAAUGAAUUUCCCAGUAGAAAACAGCAACAUUCACUAAUCCUUCUUCUUUAGGAAAAAAUAAUAAAAACAAUAAAAAAGCAGAUGAACAGCAAUGAAUUUGCUCCGAAACUCUGUUAACGCCGUUUAUGAUCUGUUUCUGGACAUUGCUGUUUAACAAAGUCAUACAUCCUGGUCAAAAUUUGAGGUAAAUGCCAGGAUGCACGCCAGAAGAUUAAUCCAGUCCAUGCACGCGAUGUUUGACAUUUUUGUUGCUCUUUCCUUUUCCUCAAAUAGACAGGGACCUCUUGGGUGUUUGCUUACUGAACCAACAGCACCUCUUCUUUUUGAAAUAGACUGCCACAUUGGGUCUUUGCUUGCUGAACCAGCGCCCACUUAAUUUUCAGCGCAAAUGGCCGUGCAGCUCACGCCGCCCUUACCUCGUCUAGUUCUAGUCACUCAGCCAAAUGUCCAAAGACAAGCAUCAGACGGGAAUAAACCAUACAGAAAUCCCAGCACCAUUUUAGCCAUGACAACGCCCCGUAGCAUGAUCUUGAGCCUUUCCUUCAUGGUAGCCUCUGCAGGCCAUGCCAUCCAAGGCAGAACCUGCAGUUGUCUGCAAUUUAACUACCCCAGCUUCGACAUGACCAACAAGAAUGAUUUCAGCUUCAGCCCAGGUUCAGCAAUUGCAAAUGGUUCCCUGAGAAUCGUGCCGAACACCGGAAACUCGAGCCACCAGUCGGGAAGGGUGGUAUACGUAAAGGAAACCCUCAAGCUGUGGAACAGGAAGCGAACUGUGCUCACAUCUUUCAGGACGCAGUUCACGCUCAACAUCCUCCCGGGAGAAGGUAUGGCUUUCAUACUCACAAAUAGCCUGUCGUUGCCCAGGAACAGCGGCGGCCAGUGGCUCGGCGUAUGCAACAACCAGACAGAUGGUGCGCCAACGAACCGAAUAGUAGCCGUGGAAUUCGACACGAGAAAGAGCUACCAGGACGACCUCGACGGCAACCAUGUCGGCCUCGACUUGAACAGCAUCAAAUCUGUUUAUCCGUACCCGCUCAGCAAUCUUUCGAUCAUCCUGUCAAGCGGCUCGGAUGUCUUGGUUAGUAUCAUCUACAACAGCACAUCACAUGCUUUUGUAUUAUCUGUAAGCCAGCGCAACACAAGUGGCAGUGGGGGGCAUAAUUGGCGAGAGAGCUGGCCGGUUGAUCUAUCACGGUACCUACUGGACGAAAUAUAUCUGGGAUUCGCAGGUUCCACGGGUGAUUACACCCAACUGAACCAGAUAAAAUCGUGGAACUUCACCACGAUAGACGACAUACUCGUCGCUGAAAGAACAAGACACGGGAAGUGGGUGUUUUUGGUUCUCAUUGCCUUGGUUUUGCUCGUUACAUGUUCAUCGUUUCUUGUGUUGUUGGUGCGGAGAAGGGUGACACAGCGGAGAAGGCUAGCCUACCGCACGCUCGAGAAAAUGAUCGACGCACAUGGCCCGGUUAGAUUUAAGCUCAAGGAGUUGAAGCACGCGACCGCCAACUUCAGCCCUCACCGUAAGCUCGGUAGAGGCGGCGGCGGCACUGUUUACCUUGGAUACCUGAAUGGGAUCAACAGAGAGGUGGCUGUGAAGCGGGUCUCACUCUCAAGCCGAGGAGAGAAGGAGUUCGUGGCGGAGGUGAACACGAUCAGCAAGCUCUCCCACCGCAACCUUGUCAAGCUGAUCGGCUGGUGCCACGAGGGAGGCGAACUACUCCUCGCCUACGACUACUUCCCCAUGGGCAGCCUGGACAAGCUAUUGUUCGCCAAUGCCACGACGACCACGUACUCGUCAUCGGCGCUCACAUGGGAGCGGCGAUACAUGAUAAUCUGUGGCGUGGCAUCUGCACUCGACUACCUUCACCACGGGAGCAGCAAGAGGAUCCUCCACAGGGAUGUCAAGCCCAGCAACGUGAUGCUCGACGAGGCAUACAACGCGCGGCUGGGCGACUUCGGUCUCGCCCGUGCCAUCCAGCUCGAUGGAGCGACACACCACUCGACGCAGGCGGUUGCGGGCACUCGGGGCUACAUGGCGCACGAGAGCUUCUUCACCGGUCGUGCCAGCCUCGACACAGACGUGUAUGCCUUCGGCGUCUUUGCCAUGGAGGUUGUCAGCGGGAAGAGCCCAAGCAGGUCCAUGCUAUAUGAGACACAAGAAAUGUACAUUGUGGAUUGGGUCUGGAGGCAUUACAGCCUGGGGAAAGUCAUGGAGACAGCCGACACGGUGCUUGGAGGAGUGUAUGACGAGAUGCAGGUGGAUUCUGUGGUGCGGCUGGCCUUGGCUUGCUGCCACCCGAACCCGAGGGAUCGACCGUCCAUGCGGACGGCGGUGCAGGUGCUAAUCGGUGGAGCGCCUGCCCCGACUCCCCCAUUUGAGAGGCCUGCCUUUGUUUGGCCACUGUCAGGCAUGCAGCAGGAGAUGGAGCUGCCGCAAGUUGGUGUGCUCUUCACGGGAGGACAGCUCAUCACCUCCACUUCCCUCACAGGAAGGUGAGCAUCUCAAUGGCUGGUGCACUUGUACCGCCGAGUGUCUCAGUUCAGGGUCUAGG